GGGCCGAGAGGCGUUCACCGCACAUUGAUUUACAAGUUGUCAGGGGCUGCGGACUGGGAAAAGGAACACACCGAGAAAACCUUCUGUGGGUUUUAAGGGAAGGUAACCUUUGGAACCGAACCAAACCGACCCUCCCUGUGAUCGUUUUUUUUUCCCUUCGAAUAUAAAGAGAUCAACUGAGUGGAGUUACGGGGUGGGAUCAAUAGAUGAGAACGGUUCAAGUUGUAGCUGGUUGUCAGGCUGAGGGCGACAAGAGGUCAUUACGAUCUGGCAAGAUUUCUGUGCGUCUUUGGAAAGCUGGAUAACUCCGUUUCGGGAGAUAUUUGCUUCGCGAUGAUGCUCGAGGAAAUUAUUUCUUUGUUUUGGAGUCCGCCUCUCAAUCUGAACAGCUCUUUCUAACUUGAAUAGAAAUCUUUCUAACCUUGUACUCUGGGACUCUCAUAUAUCCUGUGAUCUGUGUUCUCAAGCAGAUAACGCUCACUAUCUCUGUACUAUAGAAGAUUUGUUUCUCUGACCUUGUACUCUGCAAUUUAUUUUAUUAAUCCUGUGUUGACAAAUUUCUCACCUCUGAUCCUGUGUUCUGAGAAAUUUAAGUUACUAAUCCUAUGUCACGAGAGAGUUCUCACUGACCGUGUAUUCUGGGAGAAUUCUGUCUCUGUGUUACAGGAGAUUUCCCUGUCUCAGCCACUCAACCUGUGCUCAGGGAGAUUUUUCUGUUUCUGACCCCGCGUAACAGAUUUCUCUCCCACCCUACAUUUGGGAGAAUUCUCUGUCUCUGACCCUGUAUUACGGGAGGUUUCUGUCUCUGACUCUGUUCUGGGAGAAUUCUCUGUCUCUGACCCUGUAUUACGGGAGAGCUCCCUGUCUCUGACCCUGUGAGCUGGGGGAAUUCCCUGUUGUGGUCUCUGACCCUGUAUUACUGGAGCUUUCUCUGACCCUGUGAGCUGGAAGGUUUCUCUGUCUCUGACUCUGUGUUCUGGGAGAAUUCCCUGUUUCGGUCUCUGACCCUGUAUUACGGGAGAUCUCUCUGUCUCUGACUCUGUGGUCUGGGAGGUUUCUCUGUCUCUGACCCUGUGAGCUGGGAGAAUUCCCUGUUUCGGUUUCUGACCCAGUGUUACGGGAGAUUUCUCGCUGACCGUGUGCUCUCUGGAAACCUGUUUGCUCCGGGUGCUAUGCACCAAUUGGACCUGAUUCUGCUGCCGCCGCCAACACUUUGUGACUGCAGGGACAGUUUUGGAAAUGCCGGUCAGGAACAGGUACAACUUGGUGGACGAUGUGGUUGACUCCAGGAGCCCCCUUUAUAACGAAGAGGCUUUCGAGCACGGCAUUCAUUUCCAGGCCAAGUAUGUCGGGAGUUUGGAUGUACAAAGGCCGAACAGUCGCGUGGAGAUAGUGGCGGCCAUGCGAAGGAUACGGUAUGAAUUUAAAGCCAAGAACAUUAAGAAGAAAAAGGUGAGCAUCUUGGUGUCUGUGGAUGGAGUGAAGGUCAUUCUGAGGAAAAAGCAAAAGAGAAAGGAGUGGACAUGGGAUGCAAAUAAAAUGUUAGUGAUGCAUGACCCUAUUUACAGAAUAUUCUACGUAUCACAUGAUUCCCAGGAUUUAAAGAUAUUCAGCUAUAUUGCUAGGGAUGGCAUCAGCAAUACUUUUCGAUGCAAUGUAUUUAAAUCGAAGAAAAAGAGCCAAGCAAUGCGAAUUGUUCGGACAGUGGGGCAGGCAUUUGAGGUCUGUCAUAAACUGAGUUUGCAACAUGCUAAAGAAAAUGCAGAUGGGCAGGCGGAUGGUGCAAGCGACAAAGCAACAGAAGAACAAUACACUGGAGGUCUCCACUUCCCUGGAGUAAAGCAGAAUGGGGCUCUGGACAAGGAGAUGGAAUCUCACAGCUCCAGUGAGUUGCCAUGUGACGGGAUUGAACUAGAAAUCAUUAACGCUGCACAAACUCUUAAAGAGAGAAAAUAUCAGGAUCCUGAGAAUGGAACUCCUUUUGUUUUGUCAGCUCAGCUGCCACGAUUACCCAGCAGUCAGUGUUCCUCUCCUACCCCCCUGGCAUCCCAGCACCACUUGCAACUGCUCCAACACCAGCUUUUACAGCAGCAGCAACAGACACAGGUGGCUGUGGCACAGGUGCAUCUGCUGAAAGAUCAAUUGUCGGCUGAGACAGCAGCUAGAAUCGAGUCGCAGGCCCGUGUUCACCAGCUCAUCCUACAGAACAGAGAUCUCCUACAACACGUCUCCCUCUUGGUCAAGCAGUUGAAGGAUUUUGAGAACAGAAUGUGUGCACAGCAGACAGCUGACCCAAGUAUGAGCUCCAUUUCCGAACAAAUUUCGUCAUUGACUCUUCACCACCACAAUCUGAUAAUGAAUGAGCCUUCCACCUCAACCCCAGGAAGUGUUCCGAUUGUUUCUGGUAGGCCAAGCACAUGGGCUGACCAUGACAACAGUCAGUCAUUCACUAAUCUCAUGAAUUUGAGUAAAGAGGACCAAGAGCCAACACUGGAAAAUAGUAACUGCCAGACAAUGACUGGGAAGAAAGAGGCAUGUAGAAGGACUGAAGGCUCAGAGGGCAAUGAAAAAUCUCCUGCCACAGUAGAAAUUGCUGCUGACUUUAAACUGCAAGACAUGAGCCUGGAAGCAAAGAAUGGAAGGUUUAAUCAGACCAUUCCACGACUAAACCCACCACCACCUGUCAUGAGGAAGCGUUCAGCUAGGUCGUUGCUGCUGUCUACUGAGACAACCUCGCCAUGCAUCAAGCAAGUGAUUGGGAACAGCCUUUUGCAGUCUUUGGACACAUCAAGUUUUACAGAUGUUUCCUCCUGUACUUUUGCACCAUCUGACUUUGAAUCGGAAGUUGGAUUGUCUGCAGAGGAGCAAACAACCCAGUUUCCAUCUGCAGCCCUUCGUUCAGGAGCCACAGCUCCCACUUUAAUUCUCAGCAAAGAGUCAAAUGAGCAAAACAGAACUCUGAACACCACAACUGGAAGUCGUGAGAACCAGUCUCAGACAAUGAUGCCUCUUGUAGAUUUCGUACUCAGCAGUCGUGCCAGCUACUAUGAUGGUCUGGAGCUGGCUGAAACCAGUGCACCUUUCUCCCCACCCUUUUCCCCAUCAAUCAAUGAGACCUGCCUGCACAUCAGCUUCUCAGAUGAUGAGCUGUUGGACAAUGAUGCUGAAGAUUCAAGAGAACAUCAAAAAGCUUCAAUAGAAGAUACAGAGGAUCAAAAUUUAAAUCAUCUCACAUCGGACUAAAGCUCUUCUUUGUUGUUACAGGAACAUUAAAUGACCUUCAUCUUCAGUGAUCUCAAAUUAUACUCAUGUGCAUUUCAAGAUCAGCAGACUUCAAGUGAUAACAGGAGUUGACAGGUCUUGUUAACAAUACCUUACAUAAUUACUAGUUUUCUGAAGGCAUUUUCUCCAGUAGGAGAUCUGGAGUUCGAACACUAAAUUCAAGAUUGUCAACAAUCAAGGGUGAAUUCCAACUAGUAAUACAAUUCUGAGUUGGUUUGGGCUCCAUUUCUAGAAUUCUAGACCAUGAAAAUUCCAAAACUAUGAAGGAGUGUGUCUCAGACAGCGUCCAUUUUCUAGGGAUGUAAUAAUAACAAAAUGCAGGAGAUAAAGUCUCAUAUUCAAUAUUACUGAAUGAGAGGUAGCUGUCCACAAACAUUCCUGUUUCUGUACAGUAUAAAUCCCACUAAUGUUCAACUUGUAGGUGUCACUUGUACACUGUGCAAGGAAAAAGAAAUAAAGAUUUCUUGAAAGAGGUUAUUUCUCUCCUCAGUCUCUAAUAGUGAGCUCUCUCCGAUAUACUGUCUAACAAUUUGGUGACCUCCUCAUUGUCAUUGAGCAUUCAAGACCCCUCAGCAGCUCAGAGGAAAAGGUGCUGGCCACUCACAGAUUCUUUUUAUGCUCCCAAAGAUGUAAAGGUACAGCACGUUGAAGUCAACAGGCUACAGGUAAAAAUUAUUUGAGGGGCACAUUACCCCAUUGCUGAGGCUGGCGUCACAUUCUAAGACAUUUUCACUUACACUGUGUGGUUUGUGAAAUUAUCAAACAUAAUUUGUAGUCUUGCACUGCCAUUUACUGAAAGGCUGACUGAGAAAGCAAUUUGUACGUACACUUUUACAUUGAGUCAGUUUUAUACUGUAUAUACUGACGUUGAAUACAUAUUGCAUGUGUUAAUUCACAGAUUCCCUACAUGAUGGAAGCAGGCCAUUUGGCCCAGCGAGUCCACACUGACCCUCCAAAGAGCAUCCCACCCAGGACUAACCUCCUAUCCAUACCUAACCCCAUAACCCUGCAUUUCCAAUUACUAAUCCACCUUGCCUGCAUAUCCCCAGAUACUAUGGCCAAUCC